AUGAGCACUGACAAGUAUCUGACUCUUUGCCUGGAGCAGGCCGAGCUUUCGCCUCUGCAUUACCGUCAUGGAUGUGUAAUAGUACGCGGAGGUAAAGUCAUCGGAAAGGGAUAUAAUGACUACCGUUCUGGUUUUGAUGGAGGAGCUCUCAAGACUGGGCGUUUGCCAACUCGCAGCGAUGGCCCUGCCGCACUGAAGUUGAAGGCAAAUAUCAAACUGAAGCACAAGGCCAAGGAUAUUACUUCUGACUCAAAGGACUCCACUGGAAACAGAUUCAUUGCCUUUGAAGGCAUGAGUGGUGGUAAUUUGGCCAGCACUCCAUUCUCCAUGCAUUCUGAGAUCAUGGCAAUACAGUCCGCUCUCUCUUCACCCAGCACAAUGUCUUUGAUCAAACCGUACUCUAAACUAUCGGGUGGUACUAAAGGAAGUGUUCGAACCCGAAGGGACGCCAUCAAAGCAUAUGUCGAGCAGGUCUGUGCUGCCGCAGUCGCCCGUUCGAUUACAGAGAAACACCUCCUCCCGCCGUCAGUUCAAGAGUGCGUUUUGAACAACGGUCACUUGGACCAAACCGACAUGGACCUCGGCCAACUCCAAUCGGUGGGGCUUUUGAAAGAUAUGGCUUCAGACCAGAGAGAUCAUCAAGACGAUCAUGGCUUGAAGAACGAGAAGAAAGAGAUGAAGACUACGCGGAGUGAGCGUCAAAUCGGACCGGGACAACGGGAGCAUUCACGCUGUGGCAUUACGACACCUUGCCAUUUUCAAUCAGUAGAUGCAUCGAAGGCUAAGAAGGCCUUACCAUCCUCUCAGCCUAAGGGGGAAGAUGGAUUGGUACCUACACGAAGUUCAGGGCGCCGGUCCUCUAAUGUUGCGCAACGGACAACAGAUCCUAAGCUUCAUGGUGUAGACUUGUACGUCGCUCGACUAGGGCGGAAGACAAUAUCUUCAUCGACUAUGACAUCGCAUUGCUGCAGCAACAAGCUUGAGGGUAAGGAACAGACAUUGGCACCAUGGAGCGACCCAGAUCAAUUGAAUGGAUCACUUCACGAUGAAUAUCUCAGUUAUCACCAGCGCUCUAAACACGAAAAUACCACUUCCACAGCAAAGCUCCCAGACCAAAAACCUUCAAUGCUCUCAUCACGCCCUUGCUAUCGCUGCAUAUCGUACAUUGAUGCGGUGGGUAUCAAACGUGUCUUCUGGACGACGGAAGCAGGCACUUGGGAAGGAGCAAAGGUUCGGGAUUUGGUUGAGGCUUGGAAUAAUGGCGGG